AUGGCGCUUGCACGAAAGAACGGUCUCGUGCUCGAAUAUGCCACUGUUAAGGACGCCGAAGCAAUCGCACCACUCUUCUUCCUCUCUUUCCACGACCAUGCCUACUUCAGACGCAUGAUGCCCGACACAGUAGAAGGUCGAGUCGCUUGGGCAGAACUGUUCCGGUUUGCAUGCAAAGACCCAUAUACCAUUUGCUUGAAACUCACAGACGAAAAUACGGGGAGANUCAUCAGUCAUGGAAGAUGGGUGAAGCCUAAGAAACGGGUUGAAGAUGAGCAGUCAGGACAUGAAGAGCAGAGAUGGAGUGCUCUUGAUCCGUAUCUCGAUACAGAGACUGCUGAUGCACUUNUUGGGUCGUUUGCAAGGAAUAGGCAGGAAAUGAUGGAGGGACGGAGACAUUAUUACGUGGAACUUCUCAUGACUGCUGGAGAGCACAAGGGCCGCGGCGCAGGUGGAUUGAUUUUGAAGCAUGGUACUGAACUGGCAGAUGAGGAGCACGUUGAAUGCUACAUUGACGCCAGUCGAGCUGGAAGGCCUCUAAAGCCAAAGGCGGAAAAGAAGGAGAAGAGAUAA